CGCGGCAGAUGGAGAGCGCGCACGGAGGAGAGCGAGAGCCCUCGCCGCAGGAGGAAGUGGAGAGAAGGGAGGGGCGGUUGCUGCGCGAGAUGAUGCUCCGCGCUCGCCGGGAGGCCGAGGAGGAGCCCCAGGUGCCGGACGACCAGGGCCAUAUAUUUUAUGAGCUACGCAUAUAUUGUAAAAUGGAGGCACUGGAGGCAAUAUAUGGAGACAACAUUAGAAUUUUUGGUGAAAAUUUUGGACUGCGAUCUUUCCAGAUCCAUGUUCAUUGUGAAAUUCCAGAUGGUAUCAGUGUGUCUGAAGAGCUAUUUCAGGAUGUUGAUGAUGACACAGACAGUCAGUUAUUUCACUCAUGCAGCGUCCAGCAUUUGGCUCCGAUCUCACUGACAUGUCUUAUGCCUCUAUCCUAUCCGAGCCAUCACCCUCCAUACUUUACUCUCAGCGUACAAUGGCUGGAUAAUGUGAAAGUUUCCGCCCUGUGUCACAUGCUGGACUUAAUCUGGGCGCAACAACCUGGACAAGAAGUUGUUUAUAAGUGGGUGCAAUGGCUUCAGAGUUCUGCACUUUCUCAUCUUGGUUUUGAUGAUGGAAUAGCCAUACAUCAUUCUGAUAGUAUGAUGGGUCCUGUAGAUGUACGGGCGGUUGGAGAGAUUGUCCCAGUAGAGUCUGUCGUUCAGUGGUUGAUUAGCUACAAUGAAGAACAAUGUCAUGAAUCAUUUCUAAGUGGCCUUCAUAAUUGUACGAUCUGUUUAAGUGAGUACGCAGGUGUUGACUUCAUAAAACUUCCAUGCCAACAUUACUUUUGCCAGAAGUGCAUGGAGACAUACUCAAGGAUGAACGUCAAGGAAGGCAUAGUGCUGAAAUUACUGUGUCCUGAUGACAAGUGCCGGGGUGAUGUUCCUCCUAAUCUAUUGAAGAGAUUGCUAGGAGAUGCAGAUUUUGAACGGUGGGAAAGAUUGAUACUCCAGAAGACUCUAGACUCAAUGGCUGAUGCUGCUUACUGUCGAAGAUGUGAAACAAUUUGCCUGGAAGAUGAGGAUAACAAUGCUCAGUGCUCCAAGUGCUUCUUCAGCUUCUGCGCCCGUUGCAGAUUACGCUGUCACAUAGGCAAGAGAUGUGUGAACAUAACUCCAGAAGAAAAACUCCUCUCCUUACAGGAACGUGAAAAGGUGCAUCGAUUAAGCCAAGGUGACAUUGAGAAGACGAUUUCUUUGGCAAAAGAAAUAUUGAGCAUCAAGGAAGUGCUCUGUCUUUGCGUUCAAUGCCCUUACUGUGGCACUGGCAUCUCACGCGUAUCAGGCUGCAACCAUAUGGUUUGUGGGAACUGUGGGCAGCCGUUCUGCUAUGGCUGUGGGGUGGCAGGCUGCCGUGGCUGUAGCAGUAGCAAUGCGAGAAAUGACCAGGAGAAGGUGAAGAAGUUCGAUGUUACUCCUUCUUGGACUGCACAGAUUGGUGCUAUUAAAGAGACAUGGAAAGAACCAACAAUAAUUAGGUUCAGGCAAUAUCCAUGCCCCAGUUGUCACCAACCAAAUUCCAAGGUGGAAAACAACAACCAUAUCUUCUGCUGGGCAUGCCAGGUUCACUACCGUGCAUUGUGCCGGAAGGUGGUUCGGAAGUACGCCGAGCAUUUUGGUCCCCGAGGAUGCAAGCAGCACAGCGUCGACCCGUAA